AGAAGAGAGUGUGUUGUACAAGACGGUCAGACGAGGGACAGUGAAAUAUGGAAUCACAUCCGGGACUUGUCGGAUUUCAUCCAUAUUUGGAAAAUUUGAUUGUGCUACAUUUGACACGACCUCUCGACGACAUGCAGUGUGACUGGCUAAUCCAUAUUUGUACAGAAUAGUCGCAUUUGUAGGUGGACGGUUAAUGAGGAGAUGGUGGAAGAAACUGCCCGACAAGACAAGAAGAAGAUAUGUUGGUAGUGCUGGAUAUUAUGCGUAUCAUUUGGAAGAAGCAGCGAUCUCUCAUCGUAGAAGACAAAAUUGUAUCUGCUGGUCAUCCCAGUUAUGCAAGAGUUCUUGGUGUUAGCACAAAACUACUGCAAGCCAACAAGUGGGAUGAGGCGUUAGACGUCAAGUGGAGGAUUGUCAUUAUUGAUGAUCCUACUGUGACAGUGUAUGUUAUGCCUAGUGGUCAAAUUGUGGUGUAUACUGGACUGUUGGAGAUGAUGAAGACGGACGACAUGUUGGCUGUCAUUCUGGGACACGAAAUGGCACAUGCAGUUAUGGGGCACAUGGUUUAUGGCUGUUGAUCAGAGGAAAAUGAAAGAAAUUGGAGAUUAUUUGUUCUCACUCGAAAUGGCAACAGCUCAAGACAUGUUAUGACAUUCGUGAGAGUUUGUUUUGUGGGAGACUCUCGCAGUAGUCGAUGGAGACAACCAACCGUUGAGUGGCUAUCAAUCCACCCAGUAGACCUCGACAUGAUCAUUCCUGACUUCAUCGGGUACAGAAAGACAUGCAAUUGUGAUGACUUGAAAGGCAAUUUGUGUUGCAAAACUCUCACACAUCAGAGUGGAUCAAUGACGUUCUGUAUUGCUUGUUGUGGAUUGAGACUUGAACUUGCAUGACAAGUUGGACAACAGAGUUGUUGCUGUACACUACAAGAGUGCUCGUGUCAGUCCACAUAUGUAGCUGUUCCAUGAUGUUGUGUCAUCAAGACUUGUCCAUGCGUUCUUGGAGCUACGAGUAGCUAUUAGGUACAGCAUCAUGUGAC